AUGAGCGGCUCGUGGCUCGUGGCGACCAAGCUGCGGUUCGUUGGCGGCGCGCUCCCCAGCAAGUCCGAUGACGUGGUCGAGUUUCAAGUGGACUCGGACGAGCCCUGCAGCGACUGCACCCUCAGUCACUCGCUGAUCCAGGACUACAACCCCUCCGAUCUGACCAUCGACUACAAGUGGGUCUCGCUCUACGGCCAGCGCAACAAGCUCUACAACACCACGCUCCAGGGCAAGGCCAACUUGGGCGCCGUGGUGGUGGUGUGGAAGCGGACACCCACGGGGGUCACCGCGGUCGACGAGGAUCGCCACAGCAUCUCCUUCAACCGGUUCAUCAGACGCAACCAGGUGGCGGGCAACAACAACGAUCAGGAGGCGAUCCGCAUCGGCACGUCGACGACCAAGGGCGAAUCGAACACGAUCGUCUACUCCAACUACUUCGAGGACAUGAACGGCGAGAUCGAGGUCAUCUCUUCGAAGAGCCACGGCAACAAGUUCUACAACAACACAUUCGUGCGGUGCAAGGGAGGCCUCACCCUUCGCCACGCCGAACGCAAUUCCGUCUUCAACAACAAGUUCUAUGGCCAGAAUGUGUGGGAAACGUCUGGCGUGAGGCUCGCGUGGGGCGACAAGCACACGAUCUACAACAACUACUUCGAGGCCAUCAACCCGGGCUCGAGCCCUUUGCGCGGCGCCGUGGUGUUCAUGAACGGCGAGGAGGAAGUGGCCUCAGACGGCUACAAGCCGGUCACCAACGCGCUGGUGGCCUUUAACACGAUGAAGAACUGCCUCGCCAACAUCGUCUUCGCCCCCGACGGCAACGAGGACCUCGAAGUGGCGCUCUCCGUGGUUCGCUCGGGCUGCACGUUUGUCGAGCGUGCGCUGCAGGCCGGCGGCGAUGCCGAGCUGAUGGCCAUGCGAGGCACCGUCACCCGCCGCAUGGAGGAGCUGAUCAAGCCCGCCCCUGUGGAAGCCCCGCUGCAGCCCGUCGGCGACACCCUGCUGCCCCGAACCGACAUCGAGGAGGAGCAGAAGGCGCUGCGUCAGGCCUUCGGCGUCUUCGGCGCCAAGGCAGGGGGUGCGGGUGUCGUACAGGAGCGCAACCGGCUGAAGAUAGAAGUGCGCGGACUCAAGACACAACUCGCAACGCAGGAGUUGAAGGUGCAAGCGCUCACACUCAAGUUGACGCAACAAGCAGAGGAGGAGGGCAAAUUGCGGCAAGAGCUGGAGAAGAUCAAACGGAGUCACCCACCGCCGCCAAGCCAGCCUCGUCUUGGCUCCGCUUGGCAAACCCGACAUUUGAAAUUGAAUUAUUGA